CCCCUCUCUUUCUCUGAGUUUGUUCUGUAUUCCUGUUUCAGAAAAUCCAAGAGUAUCAUUGAAGUGGAUUUCUAUCAGGGGAAACAAAAUGGGGUUCCAGCCACUAGAGAAGGCAAUACCAAAACACAGGAAAGGGUUAUGGUCACCAGAAGAAGACCACAAACUUAGUAACUAUAUCCUUAAGCAUGGUCAUGGAUGUUGGAGCUCUGUCCCCAUUAAUGCAGGGUUGCAAAGGAAUGGAAAGAGUUGCAGACUGAGGUGGAUCAACUAUCUAAGGCCAGGAUUGAAGAGAGGGAGGCUCAACAAACAGGAAGAGGAGACAAUCACUACCCUUCAUGACAUGUUAGGCAACAAGUGGUCACAGAUAGCACAACAUUUACCAGGAAGGACAGACAAUGAAAUUAAAAACUACUGGCAUUCAUAUUUGAAAAAGAGAGUGGCCAAAGCAAAGGAAUUGGAAUUUCAUAAACAAAUUCAACAUGCUAGCUCAAGCUCAGAUACCAUGGAUUCUUCACCCUCUGUCCAAAACCUUGCAACUCAAGGCCCACAGAACUAUCUCUUCACCAAAGAGGCUUCUCAAAGCUCCUUACCAAAACUGUUAUUUGCUGAAUGGCUUUCACUGGAUCAUGUACACAGUGGGAACUCUGCAAAUUCAGUUGACUCUCUAGUCUUGAGAAAUGGAUUUGAUCAAAAUUCAACUUUUCAAGAAAAGGCAGUGUAUGAUAAUAUACAAGAGAUGCCCUUUGGUGGAGAGUAUCACAAUACUCUGACUAACAUUUCAGCCCCUGAGAUAUUCAAUUCACAGCUAAAGUUUGCAAAUCAAAUGGUGGGAAAUGGCUUCCUCCAUUAUAUACCUGAGGUUGACUUUAGUAGCAAUUUCAGCCUGAGCAAUAAUGCAAUGUACGUAUGAGCGCUAAAGCCAUGUUUGGAUAUCUAUUGGCCCGAAUGGAAACCACUUCAAAGACAAAAUUUGAACAAACUCUUCUUAUAGAUUGGAAUCGAAGUUCAUUCAUGUUGGACUCAACUAGUACCUAAACAUACACUAAGUUUCCGAGUCAGGUCAGCAAGGAAGAACUAUUUUUAGCUAACAUACAGAAAAGGAUGAAACUUAAGCAUUUAUAAAGCUAUACUUCCAUACAAUGUGUAUGUACUACACUCCUACCCAAUUCAAAUGUAUUCAAGAGAAUACCCUACACUCGUAAUUAAUUGUUAAUCUUCGAGAGUUGCUUAUGCACAUACAUAUGUAAUUUUGUUUCAAAUUAAGUACACAUUGGUUUAUA